GUGCAACACCCAGGACUACAUCUGGCACAAGGGUCUCAGGUGCGAGUCCAUCGUGACCGACUUCCAGGUGAUGUGCGUGGCGGUGGGGUCGGCCGCCCUGGUGGUCCUGCUCCUCUUCAUGAUGACCGUGGUCUUCGCCAAGAAGCUCUACCUGCUCAAGACGGAGAACCUGAAGCUGCGGAAGAGCAAAUACCGAACCCCUUCGGAGCUACACAACGACAACUUCUCCCUCUCCACCAUUGCCGAGGGAUCGCACCCAAAUGAUGACCCCGGUGCCCCCCACAAGCUGCCGGACCCCUUGAAAUCCUGCUUGAAAGACGAGGAAGCCUUUAACAUUCAAAAUUCCACCUCGCCCAAGCUGGAUAACCGGAAAACGGUCAAUCCGGACGAUCCGGACGCGAACUGUUUGCAGAACAACUUGACUUGAAGAUCGGAGGGGCCCGAGCCGGAGAAGAAGACGCCACGGGGCGGGGGCGUUUGGGAAAUAAAGGGAAGAACGAGCGAAAUGAAAAGAUUGCACGAAAGCCAUGUCCUGUCCUCCCGAGCGCCAUUUUUAAUCUUUUUUUUUUCGAUUGGGGGGGGCGGGGGUCUUCGUUAGGUUUUGUUGGUUUUUCUUUCCCCCCCCCCUCCUCAUCGCAUGCUUUGAUGUAUUCGGUACGGAAUAAAGGAAAGGAAAGGUCAAUAAAGAAAAACACGGCUCGGAGACACACAAUUGUGACGGCGUCCCGCCUCCCUCCCUCCCUCCCUAAUGAGUGGUGUGCGUUGAUUUUUGGGGUCUGUUCCCUGUUGUAUAUAUGGCCUUUCCCCCCCCCAAGCCCCCUCCCACCGCCGUGGUUUCUAACACUUUGCCGCGAUUCGUCUCGUCUUUCGGUUUCGUUUUCCGUUUUUCUAAUUUGUACUUCACCUGGUCUUUUUUUCGGGGGGGGGGGAGAAUCCGGUUUUAAAAAUGUGGGGGGAAAAAG